AUGGGAACUUUCAUUGAUGGGGGCAACGAUUCCAUUGAAUAUAUUCCCAACCUUUCAACAUCAGAAGCAAGCAGCCAGAAGAAUAUCUGGUCUGUCUCUAGAGAUUGCAAAGUUGUGUCAACGGUCCAAGACGAUGGAACUGAAGCCAAAGUGAUAGAUGUUUACAAUCUAGAUGUGCCCAUUGGUGAUCCAAUGAACACCAAAUGUAAUGUGGAUUGGACAAACAUUUCUCCUAAGGAUUCUGGAGCAUUCGUGAGAAGGAGGAUGCUUUCUUUGAGUGAUGAAUCGGGCCACAGUAUAGACAUGUGUCUGUGGGAUUCAAAGGCUGAAGAUGAAGGUUCAGAAAUCAAGGAGAAAAAUGGACAAGAGGAGAGGCCUAUUGUAUGCAUGAAGGGCAGCUGGAUUUCAGAUUACAAUGGCAAGUCCAUUUCAGUCACAGGUGGCUCUAACCUUUUACUUGAUCCUGAAUUAGAAGGUGUCUCAUGGCUGUGUGAAUGGAUGGUUGCUAGCUACAACACAACCAUAUUUGUCCAUGUGACCAACUCUUUUUCUAAAGCAGUGAUUACAAAGACAGUAUCUGAGAUGUUGUCUAUCAACCUGAAGGUUUCUGAGUUCUCUGCUAUUUUUUGUGUUAUUGUGUCAGUGAAAGAAUUCCAGACUGGUGACUUCUAUUACCCAGCAUGCAUGAAGGUUGUCAAUGGAAGGCAAUGUGGCAAGAAGGUUACUCAGGUUUCAGAAAGUAUGUGGCAAUGCAACUCUUGUGACACUGAUUCUGGAGAUAUUCACUUCAAAUGUGCACUACACUUGUGUAUUCUAGACAGCACUGGACAUAUAUGGGCGGUUUCAUUUGAUGAUGCUAAUGAAAUUGUAGAGAUGCCUGCAUGUAAGCUGGCUGCACUACAAGAUGAUGAUUAUACUGUUUUUUGA